AUGCAUUUUAAUUAUACAAAUAAUCAAGAAAAAAUCAUAUUUUUUAAUCAAUCAAUCAGGUAAGUAAUUAAAAAUAAAAAAAUGUAUUGAUCAAAAUGGUUUGAAAAAUAUAGGACUAAUCGAAUCUAGUGUUCAAAAUAAGUUUUGCCAAUUCAAUAAUAGUAAUUGUGUUACGCAUGUGUGCGUUGACAGGGUUAACAAAUUUAAAUUGAACUACACAGAAUAUGUGAAUUUCAGUACCCAGCAACAAUUAUGUUUUUUCAGUUGACAAAUCGCAAAAGCCGCGAUUUCAAAUUUAAUUAAUAAUCAUUCGUAAAAAAAAAAAAGAAUAAUAAACAGAAGCAAUAAAUACGUGGUGAUCAAGUAUUAAACUUCACUAUUUUAGUCGUCAGUGGAUUACAGUGAGUAUAGUUUUCGGUCGUAUUAUCUAAAUAUUAGAGAAUUACUCAAUUACUUUAUUAGUGAUUAUUUUUUAGUGUUUAAACAUCGUAAAAAUAUUAAAUGAAUUAAUAAACUUAUUACAUUGAUCAAUGCUAUUUAAAAAAAAACUAACGAUUUACGAUACGAUUUCGACAGAAAUUUAUACCUAGGUAUUACAUUCAUUUCAAAUAAUUCAAUAUUCGAUAAAAAAUUCAUUGAAAACCGGAUAAAUUGAAAUUUUAUUGCUCUUCAUUACGCAUUUGGAAGAUAAAUGAAAUAUUAUAUUUCAUCGACUUUAUAGAUUAGGUUAACAAAAAAAGAUGUAUUAAUUUAUAUACCUAACGAAAUUUUAUUUUGUUCGUAUUCAUUCUAUGUUGGUUAGCGUUCACUGCGAUAUAUUUGCAAAAAGUUUUUUUUUUGGGCUCAACAAAUCGAAAAAUCGAACAUAUUCCUCGUUAUUUAUUAUACAGUUACAAUUUGUUACCUUCAUUGUUAUAUUUGGGCGCACAAUUUAUACCGAUAUCUCAAAACGAACAUUUCAAACAAAAACAAUAUGUUAUAAAAUCAUGAGUAUUCUGAAUUACGUCUGUUUGUUGGCCAUGUUCAACCGUCUUGUUGGACGCGUGCUAUUAAAUCCCCGGUUUCGUCAUAUAUAUGUGCAUGAUCAGUCAGUGGCUUAUGAAUAUCUUUUAGAGACGCACUAAAUUAUAUAAUUAAUAACUGCAGUAGUAUAACUUACUCUUUCUGUGCGCAAGAAAAUAGAAAACCAUAUUAAAACGAUGUCGUCAUCAGGAAUAUAAUUCAUUUUUUUAUUUUCAAACGCAUUUUCCGCUGUUUUUGACACAGGUAAGCACAGAGCGAUAUGGCGACCCACGUGUUUGUUUUUAAAUAAUGAACGUUUUGCACGUAGGUGGUAAUUUUUUUUAAUAACUUAUAGACAUUUUAUUUACUCGCUUACAUUUGGGCAUUUAAAAAACUGCAAUAUUCUUAUAUGUGGCGGGACUAACUUUAAUUAAUAUUCAGUAUACGUAUACAGUAUACACUUACUUACAAUAUCUGAUAAAGAUAAUAUUACUAUACAAAACUGAUUUAAUCAACGUCUUUUUAAUUUUUGCGUUAAACGAAGAUUUUUUUUGUUUAACACUAUUCCCAGUAUGUAUUCAUGGUUAUUACAAUAUACUCGUCAAAUUUUGAAGCUUAUGAUCAGUAUUCACUCAUAACGUGUCUAUCAACCACUGUCCUGCACUGCCCGAACAAAAAACUUAAUAACGAAAAGAAUACGAAUAAACAAAACUAACAAUCUAAUUAUAUAAGUCGAUCAAAGAAGCAUAAUAUUUUAAUCAUCGUUCAUACAAAAUUUCGUAAAUUAAUUUAAUAAUUUUGUUUUAUUUUUUUUAGCUAUCCAAACGUUGUUUUGUUGGAAGCCGAAUAGACAUUAUGAUUGCCAUCGGGUAUAUUUUUUCUUUAUAUAUUUAUAGUUUAUAAUUUUUAAUUAACAUGGAGUCAAUUGUAUUACUCUAGUUAUUAUUUUUAUUUUUAUUCAUUUUUAACUACAUUCUUCUUCUGAUUUUUGUUUAGACAUAAUUUAUCAUCGUGCCGAGUAUAGCUUAAAUUUCGUUUAUGAAAACCCACUUGUAUAGUUUUUUUGUUUUCGUAUUUUAUAACUAAAAUAUUUUAAUUUAAGUAAGUAUGAUUUUUAUCACGUUUCAAAAUAGGUGUCUACUCAUCGAACAAUGCAUAUAAAUUUAUAUCAAAUAAUUUAUAAUCCAAAAAAGCUACACUCGACUUUAUAUUAUUAUUAAUUAAUAGGAUUAUAAAUAAUAAUUACCCUAUCCUAUUAUCCUAUUAUUAAAUAAUAGGAGUAAAAAUAAAAUUACUAAAAUGGUUAAUACUCGUAAAUAAAUAUAUAAAUAAAAAUAAAAUAAAUAAAUGAUAAUAAAUGCGUAAGUGUAUAGUAAUACUUUAGGCGAUGCGAACAUUCAUUUAUUUAUUUUAUUUUUAUUUAUAUAUUGAUUUACUUUAUUUAUUAUUAAUAAUUUUUAUUUCACAACAACCGCAUAAUUUUGUUUUUCUUCGUACGUUUAGACAGUUUUAUAGGAUUAUACGAUUACAAUUACUUAUAAUGUCAUCAUAUUAUUGAUUAUUUAUUAUGUACCUAGUUUCAAUUAUUUUAAGUGAUUAGUAUUAAAAUAAAUAUUUCACAGUUUUAAGAGAAAAUACGGUAAAUUGCAUAGAUUUCUGAGUUUCCAGACGAACGUUUACAAAGAUAUAUAAUUAUUCAGUUUGUGAAAUAUCAUAAGCAUAAUAAUGUUUUUUCCUCCCCUGUUCAGAUUCCUAUCAAAACGGCACGUAUGUCUAGUUACUGGAUUGUCCGUAUUGGUCACUGCAAUUUCGUUUUUUAUGGCCUAUCGUGUUCUAUUGUUUUCCACCGAUGACCAAAUCGACCCGGAAUGGCCGUUGCCGCCGUCUAGUAUACCUAUGGGCCUGUACAAGAAGUUCGGAGUCGUUUCAAACGGCGGACCAUGCGCACAAAUCGGAGUGUAAGUCGUAUACCCACAUAUAGAUUUCUCAAAAUAGUAAAAUUAUUAUUUUUUAAAUUAAUAUAUAUACUAACAAAUAAUAUAUCAGUGAAUUCGGAAUGUCGUUACUUUUUUUUAGACUAUAUACGCAUAUUAUAGUAUAAGUACUUUAAUCGAACAGAUUUCAAGUUUUAAAAAUCAUUUUAAUCUAAAACUGAUUUUAAAAUCACGCUAUUCAUUGAAACUAUAGUUUUAGAGCAAUCGUUUUAAAUCACAUCGAUUUCAAGGAUUCAAGUCCCGCAAUAAACUAUAGUCAUAAAAAUAUUUACUGUCGGUGUCGCAUUUACAAAGAUUAUCAUUUGAUAUACCUAAUAGAUAUUAUAAACACGAUUCUUUCUAAUAUUGUCAAUUUUACGUUUUAAAUAUUUAAUAAAAUACAAUCCAAAAUCCAGAUAUGUAUAUUUAAUAUGUUUAUAAUAUAAUAUAAUAAUAAUAAUAUUAAUAAAAUAGUCUCGAAUCACUUUUAGAUUCGGAGCGUAUCGAGGGAUCUAUUAGUUUUACAAUGAUGUAUAUUUUACUCAAAUAUACCAAGUGUAGCACAUUUUUAAUGAAAAUUUUUAUCUAGUUGGUGCGUUAAAGAGAAAAACUUUUGAUUUUCCAAAAAGUUUCAAAAUUAUUGGGAAAAAUCGAAAACAAAAUUAUAAAUAGAAAGCAAAUAUUUACCUUGAAAGUUUAACAGAUGGUUCAUUAUAAAUUACACUUAGUGGUUAAAAAAAAAAAAUUGAGUGUAAUUUAGUAUUUUAGAUUUAGAAUGCAGUGAAAGAUCUAUUGGUUUUCUUACGAUGUGUAUUUCAGAUUCUGAGUGGAGCGAAGAAUGUAUUGGUUUUUCAAUGAUGUUUAUGUUCUUUUUCUGUGAACAAAUGUUGUACUUCCCAAAAAUUUUGCUCCAGUUUUUUAACGUAGCACCUUUUCUGAAAGAAAAUCAGAGGUACUUUAAGGAGGUAAUCUUAUGAUUUUCUCUACAAAUGUGAAAAACCGGAAAAAACCUAAGAAAGAACGUAGGAAAACGGGAAAAUAAGUACAAGAUUAAAAAAAUAUUAUUGAAGAAAAUAUUUGAUGCCUAUAUGAUUAUUUUACCAUAAUAUAAUAUACCUAUAUAUUGUUUUCAAAGUGACACUAUCAAUUGAACUCCACUCAAAAUCGUUUUUUUAUUAGCAAUGAUUUUUUGUUCCUUACCGUUGUAUAUUAAAUUUCCCCUCUAUUACCUUUCCAACUUCUCAAUUACAACAAUGAUCUACCCACGUGUGAAGUAUAUCCGUCUUUUCUUUUUUCUUUUUUGUUGUAAUUCAAUUAAACUUUUUUAUAGAGAUGUCACAUAAACGUAAUUUUAAAAAUUUGCCAAUUUCUUUGGUUCUAUUAACAAAAAAUAAAAUAUGAUGUAAAAUAUGAAAAUAAAAUAAACUAUGACAAAAAAUAUAAAAGUAUAAACUCAUUAAAUUAUUGUAUAUAGUCAUGUAUACAACACACAUAAUGUAGGUAAUAGAUAAGGUAGUAAUUCUUAUUUUAUACAUUAUGUACAUUCAUUAUUGUUUUAUUACUAUUAUUAGCAUUUAAAUUCAGAUAAAUAUAUCUGGUUUUAUGAAACUAAUUUUUGAUGUAGAAUUGAAGAUUUUAUAUAAAUAUAGUGCAAGAAGAGCGUGAGGGUCAAAGCUCCCCGUAGCUUAUAUUUCAACUAAAAGUAUUUUCUCUAAAAUAUUUAUCUCUAGAUACUAAACAUAUUUUUAGUGGACGUCCUUAUGUAACCAAACCUUACUUCAAAUCGCUUUUUGUCAGCAAUGAUUUAUUGUUGGUUACAGAUGUAAAUUAAAUAACUUUAUGUAUCUUACCUUCCUAAUUUGCCACCUAUAGCAAUGGCGUACCCGUCCGUAGAAUCAGCUCUUUUUAUAAUUUGUUUUUUUUUUUUUUUUUUAUAAACACCGUAAAUAAAUAAUAUCAUAUAAAUUAUGAUGUUUUUUUGUUUUUAUAACGUUCUUGAUUGCGUCGUCGUAACAAUAGGGACGUGAUAACUAAAGGUGGAAACGCCGUCGACGCGGCUAUAGCGACAAUGUUAUGUGACGGUGUCCUAUGUCCGGAAUUUAUGGGUCUGGGCGGUGGAUUUUUGAUGAGCAUCUACAACGCCACGACCAAACGGGUAACGUCCAUCAACGCGCGUGAAAAAGCUCCGGCCGCGGCCCAUGCUUCCAUGUUCAUAAAAGACCCUUUGGAUUCGAUCCGAGGUUUGUACAAAAAUAUAUAUAUAUGUAUAUAAAUAUAUGUCAUAACAUAUUAUAUGCGGAUGUAAACAACACAGAACCAAAAAUAAUAUAAAACAACAAGAUAGUCAAUUCUAUAAGAAUAAAUCGGACGCUUAACAGCUAUAUACAAAGAAUGCAAAUCUGAUUAAUUUACCCCUAAAAUAUUUAUAACGCCAUUAAUAUUUAUAUACGCCAUGACUAAUAUUUGAAGUUCAUCAUACAUUGUUUCCAGUAGCGUAUUCAAGAGAGGGGAGUUUAGGGGGUUGUAAACCCCCUCCCUCGAAAUGUCUUCGAAAUAAAAAAAAAAAAAUUAAUAGUUUGAAAAAAGAAUAAAAUAUUAUUACACUUAACAGUUUACACAAAUAAUAAAAAUUAAUAAUAUACAAGUCCGGUCCAGCGUAGUGUACAAAUAAUAAUAAUAAGCAGCUCUAUGGCUAUCGGUAAUUGUUUCGGUUACCCAAAAAGACAAAAUAUUUUGCAAUUGUCAUUAUAAGAAGUAUAUUCACAGACUAAUCGUGUUAAACUAAUAUCUAACUGAUCGCUAUGAUGCAGUUAUAUUAUUUGAAGAACUUUAACCAGCCAUUUUACAUGCACUAAAUAAUAUUACACUUUGGAUAGUUUCUAAAACUUCUAGUUUUGCAAGUCAUUUUCUUACUGUGAUAAAACAGUCACUUUACAAAUACUUUCCAUAAGUUUUCCACUUAGCCGAUAUCUUCAAACAGUAAAUCUUAAUUAAAAAACUGUAUUAGAAGCUACUAAUGUUUAAAAUAAUAUUCAGGAUAUUAGAGGAAAUUGUAAUGUAGAGUUUCAACAAUUAUUUUUAUCUGCAAUAACUAUCUGUAAAAAAUUUGAUAUGACUGUUAGUUUUCCACGUCAGUCUAAAUCAGAUGAUCCAGAAUAUAUUUUUUUAAGUAUUCAUACCUUUUUAUAGAAAAUUGUUUAGAUCAAUUGAACGAAAGAUUUAUAUCGCACAGGAUUGUUAAUAUGAUAAUGAGGAUAAUUCAUCACUGAUAUUUGAAUUUUUAAUAUUUAUUUAUAUAGUAGAUAUUGUUCUCAUUUAAAAUUAUUAUAAAAUUAUGUAAAAUAUUGAUUUGCAUCCAAUAUUCAAUAGCAAAUAACCGAACCACAUGAUUAUUAGUAUUCUCAUAAUAAUAUUAUAGUGAUGUCAUGGAUCUAACAUUUUUUUUUUUUCCCCGAUACUGAGUCAUUUGUUUUUUUGGCGAGUGCUGUUUUCACCAGUUGGGAGUCUACUUUAUUAUCAAUUUCUAUGCUAUAGCUUCACAUAAUUCAUGGCAUACAAAAAUAUUUUAUAGGCUAACCAAUACAGCUUGUCCUGUUAAUGAAACCGCUGCAAAUUUCAUAGUUCAUACUUCUUAUAAGACUAUAUCAUCAAGUCAGCUUUACCUACUGUAAUACUAAGAAAAUAUACAAAUUAUCUUCAGUAUAUUACAACACUAUUGUAAUUAACUAUAUAUUUAUGUCGAUUUCAAAUAAAUCCAGGUGGUUUGGCGAUCGGAGUUCCGGGGGAACUUAAAGGUUACUCGAAAAUAUACGAAUUGUUCGGUGGCGGAGUUUCAUGGAAAUCGUUGUUUGAACCGACUAUACGGAUAUGUGAAGAGGGCAUGGAAAUCAGUGAGAUAUUGGGGAUUCGAAUGGCCGAUUGCGAAGAUUUGAUAAAAAAUGACACGCUGCUCAGGUAUAGCGGAUAACUUCCGAAAGUUCGUUUUAAGUUUUUAUCAACAUUGAGUGGUGUCUAUAUUAAUUUUAAGAAAGAAAAUGUCGAGCUACACUUUUAAAAUCUUUAACUAUUAGAGUCAUAAUAAAUUGUCGAAAAUUUAAAUGGAUUUUUUUUUACCGAGAUGAAAAACACGUAUUUUUAUGACUUUUUUAUUUUAUAUUUUAGAGAAAUCUUCUUCGACGAAAUUACUGGACAAGUGAAGAAAACUGGAGAUACAUACAAAUUACCAAAGUUGGCAAUCACAAUGAGAAUCGUAGCUAAAGAAGGCGCCGACGCUUUGUACAACGGAUCAUUGACGUCUCGAUUUUUAAACGAUUUAAAGAAAAUGCACAGUAUUAUAACCCGAGAAGAUUUGUUAAGCUAUGAGUAAGAUAUAAUAAAAAUAUAAAUUCUGGAUUAUUAACAUUUUCAAUUGUAGAACAAUUCUCAGUUAUUCUGAAAUGAGUAGAACUACACUCUCGAUGUACAUAGACGCAUUAUAAUAAAUCAUACCAUUUUGUAUAAUAUAGAGUAGAAGUCGAAGAAUCGUUUUCCAUAAAAUUAAAAAAUGGAUAUACGAUACACUCAGGACCACCCCCCGGUUCCGGUAUAAUUUUGGCGUACAUUCUUCGAGUUUUGGAAGGUAUUUUACCGGCGCCGGAUCCCGGUUUGGGCGCACAUCGACUAGUGGAGGCUUUCAAAUACGGUUACGCCGAAAGAACCUAUUUGGGAGAUCACAAAUUUACAAACGUAUCUAAGGUUCUUUUAUUGAAAACAUAAAUAAGUGUAAUAUUUUAACUUUUGGAACAAGUAAACAAAUCCAUUUAAUCAGGGGUUAAAAUAAAAUUAGAUGAUGAUUAGAUGAUUAGAUGACCAAAGAAAUUAGACAAUGUAUAAGUCCAGCAAAAGUAGCUUAUAAAAACAAAAUCAAGCUACUCACAUCGAAGAAAAUAAAUAUAAUAGCAAAAGAAGGACUUCAAAAUCCCUUUUAUAAGCUUAUAAUAUAAUAUUCUAAAAUUUAUUACAGUAAUUAAUUUACUACAAUAUUUUUAGAUUUUCAAUAAAGUUAAAUCAGACGGUUACAUGGACAGCAUUCGGAAGAAAAUAACGGAUAAUUUCACGUCGCUGGAUCCUAAAUAUUAUGGAGCCAAUUUCAUUAUGCAAGAAGAUCACGGAACCGCGAACAUGGUCGUUAUAGAUUCAAUAGGAAACGUAGUCGUAGCGACAAGUACAAUAAACACAAUGUAAGUAAAAAAAAAGGUAGUAUAAAAUAUGGGUUUCAAAAGUAUAUUAUAAAAUAUGUCGCAGUAUACUUAUAAACUACACAUAUUUUUCCCCUCCCGUAGUAAAAAUAUUCUAAAAUAUUUAGUUUGUAAAAAUAGUAUGGUUCACUAGUGUUGGCGUUAGUGUUGGUACUGAUGUUGGUUCUAAUACCACUUACAAGUACAAUCAUUAUUAUUUGUCAAAAACCCUACAAAUCAAUAAUAAUUUAUUAUUAUUAUUUUAUUUUAGCUUUGGCGCAGGUAUUAUGUCUCCUAGUACCGGUAUCAUUUUAAACAACCAAAUGGAUGAUUUUUCUACACCAGGUGUGAUCAAUACGUAUGGAAUUCCACCUUCACCGGCUAAUUUUAUAGAACCGGGCAAACGGCCGAUGUCUUCGAUGUGCCCGACAAUAUUUACAGACAAAAACGGUGACUUUUUACUUGGAGUCGGAGCAGCUGGUGGAUCGAAAAUCACUCUUGCUACAGCUUAUGUAUAAUUGCAUGUUAUCUGAAAACUAAAAUACUGUUAACGAUUAUUUUACGAAGACCGAUUUCACAAUAAUUUUUUUUCUACGAUUUAAUAAGUGGGAUAAUAAUAAUAUUUAUAUGAUAAUAUCCAACCCCCUAUCAUUUAUCAAAAGUACACGAAAUUAUAUUAUAUUUUUACAAAAGAUUCUAUUUAAUAACAUAUUACGGUAGUUAUAGAUGUAGGUAUAAAAUGAUCUACCCGACCAUUGGUGGUUUUAGAAAUCAUAUUUCGUACGGACACGAAUAAUAUGUAAGUACUUAUAUAAAGCAGACAACCCAAGCGAUUAAUAAUCGGAUCAAUAUUUCUAGUACAAUAAUUGGUUCAGUUUAACUUGAUAGUCCAGCGUCGGAAAUUUUACUAAUUUUACUUAUACACAACAUUAUUCAAAAUUAAAAAGUAAAUAACAAAAAUGUUGGUAUGGACAGCUGCCCACCCUGCCCGUUCAGUAAAACCAUAACUGUGCCUAAUUGACUAACGAAAAAACGCACCUCCCUAACCACUAGAUCUAGAAAUUUGAAAUUUCGCGCAGAGACCUUUUAAAUAUUAAACCCCUAAAGAGUUAAAAGAGGUUUUAAAGUUUGUAUAUAAUAUCUAUGCACUAGCUAAUGACGAGCGUUUCUUAAUAGGAUCGUUGAAUUUAAAAAAAAAAAAAUUGUUUUUCUUUACCUAAGACCUGCAGUAUUAUACACAUAUAUUAUAUACAUGCAUGUUUGUGGAUUUCGAUGAUCAAAAAGAAAUAUCAUUGAAAAAGAUCUCUUCCAUAUUAAUUAUAAUGUAAAAAUAUAUUUGUUUGCUUGUCCUAUUUUAAUGUCGCCACCAAUCGGCCGGUCGAUAUUUUGCAUAAGGAUAGUUGAAGUAAAAUAGGCUGCUUUUUAUCCCAGAAAAACAUCUCAUUCAUGUAGGAAACCUACUCUAUCACUAAUUUUUUUUUAAUUAUUACGUCUAGGAUUUUUGACUUAGAGCAACCUUUUUCGUACCCUUGCCGUCCUUACAUCCUAUAGAAAGAGCUCAAUCAAGACUACUAUUAUCUAUCCUAAUAAUAAUAUUAAAGGAUGAUUUUGGUUUUUAAAGAAAAAUCAUUUCGCAUUUGUAAGAUAGCUAAUAAUAAUAGUUUAAAAUAUCUGUUACCGUUUCAGAAUGUAAUAUUAUUCACAUUUUAUCUAUUUAUAUUUUAUGUACUCCUUAAAAAAGGCUUUAUAUAAGUUUACAUAAACGAAAUUGCCGGUAAUAUAGUUAUUGUUUAUAAUACUUAUAAAAUAUCGAAUAUAAUUUCACAUUCAAGCUGUAAUAUUAUAUCUGCAUUACGACUAAUUCAAGCAAUUAGAUAUACGUGACGUUAAACUUAAAUAUUACGAUAGUUUUUUCUCCUCCUUUAGGUGUCCGCCCUUAAGUUAUGGCACAAUAAAACACUUAAAGAAGCAAUAGACGAACCCAGAAUAUAUCACCAGCUCAUGCCGAUGGAAGUUCAAUAUGAAUACGGAACGACAAAGGUGAUGAAAACAACAAUAAAUAUAAAAUAAAUUGUAUUAAUUGCUUAUGAAAGAUUACGACAACUAUUAUAAUAUUGUGUUUCUCUGAUUUUAGGAUGUAGUACAAAAACUCAAAGAAAUCGGUCAUCCAAUGGUGAGGUUAAAACGUGGCGGAACUUCGCAAGUAUCUGCCAUUGCCAAAACCUCUUCGAGAAUGAUCGAAGCAAUGCCUGAUUUCCGACGACCGGGAAAUUCGUCUGGAUGUUGA